AUGGUAACUACCGAUGAAGUUGGCAGUAUUAUUGGCAAGAAGGGUGAGAUCGUAAACAGAUUUCGUGAAGAGUCGGGUGCCAAAAUUAAUAUUUCUGAUGGCUCCUGUCCUGAACGUAUUGUAACGGUGUCCGGAACAACCAGUGCGAUCUUUUCAGCAUUUACCCUCAUUACAAAGAAAUUUGAGGAGUGGUGUUCACAAUUUAAUGAUGUAGGCAAAGGUGGAAAAACUCAAAUUCCAAUUCGUUUAAUUGUACCCGCCAGUCAAUGUGGAUCAUUAAUUGGCAAGAGUGGUUCAAAAAUUAAAGAAAUACGCCAGACAACAAACUGUUCUAUACAAGUUGCCAGCGAAAUGUUGCCAAACUCAACAGAGCGUGCCGUCACUUUAAGUGGCACUGCUGAGCAAAUAACCCAAUGUAUCUAUCAGAUCUGUCUUGUUAUGUUGGAGUCUCCACCAAGAGGUGCCACUAUACCAUACAGACCAAAACCGCAAGUAACUGGACCAGUCAUUUUAGCUAAUGGGCAAGCAUAUACCAUCCAAGGCAACUAUGCUGUACCCGCACAAGAGUUUCUUCUUCUGCACUUUUCUCUUAGGCUAAGUUCGUUCUACGUUGUCUCUUAACGUAAGAUUUAGAAAACAGGCAGUGUUUCAGAUAAUGAAACUGGUACAAAGUUAUAACCAAGGUUUUUGAACAACUAGAAAUCAUAUUCAGCUCUAAGCCAUUAAAAAGUAGUGCUUGAUGGUUUCAGUUCUGCUUCUGCGUGACCUUAGACUGGAAUUGAUUGAUAAAUGCUACGUUUCCUUAGGAUGAAUACGAGGGCUCAUGUGCAGUUGGAAAG